GCCGAGAAGGGCGCAUGAGAGGCACGUGUCGUGCUCAAUCCCACUCGCUCGCCGAACACCGCGAGAAGUCUGUACCUUCCUAACAGGAUCCGCGGUAGACACGUCCGCGGAUCCCACGCAUCAUAGACGUGCAAGAGAACCAGCGGAAGGAACGUUGGUGGGCCCGCGUAUCUGUUCUAACUACCUUGCCUUGUCACCGAGAUUCACCCACCAAACCAAAGUAGGCUACAAAUACCACAUUUACUACACUUAGAAGUGGACUUUUUCCUCUCUCUCUCUCUCUCUCUAAAAAGCUCCAUGUAUUCUCUCUAUUUUGGAACUCUCCUUUGUUAUUUACUUGGAAGAGAUCAGUCUUUCAAUAGUGAAUAAUCCAUUUCCUUAUCGAAUCAACGUUAAGACCCUGAAUGACCGUGUAAGCCUCCUACACCCAGCCUUGCACAAACAAUUGGCGCCCACCGUGGGGAAUGACAAAAGAUUCAAUGGGGAAGGCCAACCUACCACACCCGCGAACUCUUCGGCAGAGGAGACAACCCCGCUCAAAGCCAUAGUCAGCCAAAGUCUCUUCAAUGCACCCACAAAUACGGAUGCAAUGAGACUCUUCCACUCGAGCGACAACCCCGACGCCGUGCUGAUUGAGGAAGAAGAAGUGGAGUUGUCCUCAAAGAAAAUGCGCCAACAAAUAGAGAGGUAAAACAGAGCCAUCGCCGACAUGCAAGAAAAAAUGAGCCAAUUAUUCACGCUCCUGAGCGCCCAACCAAACACCUCCCCUCCUGACGUAAACCCAACCGCGCUCCGAACCGCAAGUCCGACUCCAAAACUCGCACCUCAGAACGCCCUCGCAACUAGGGAAGGGCGGUAGGAUCUCGAAUACCAGAAACAUCUGUCACCCGCCUACACGGCUCCCCACAAAAAUGUUCUCCAUCAACCCCUUUGCGCAACGAUUAUGGAGGAACAAAUGGCGAGAAACCCUCCGAUGCUGCCGACUUACAACGAGACAACUAACCCGGAAGACCACGUCAGCGCCUUCUGCCUGCACUUGCAGCUCCAAAUGGGUUCCAACGCGGUUUUGUGCCGCACCUUUCCAUCCAACUUCGCAUGCAUUUGCCUUGACUAGUACAACCGCCUACUGAACGGAAUCAUUCAGACGUUCGAAGAGUUCAUCCACCUAUUCACCACCAAGCUUGCUUCCGAAAAACGAAGGCCACUACAUACGGUGGCGCUCAUAGAUGUCCGACAAAAAGAAGACGAAAUCCUAAGAGCGUUCUAUUCGAGGUAGUCCCACAUCGCCAUGGGAGUCUGUGAUCUGACCCCCAAAAACACUGCACGUCACCUUAUGGAUUCAACAAACAACUCCGAGCUGAGGAGUUUGUUGUCCAAACACCCUGUGUUGUCGUCCUAAGAGGAGGCCAAGGUGGAAAAGGCAAUCACCCUAGAAGAAACGUUGGGGGCAGGUUCGGUCCGCCGAUUCGAACCAGAGAACGCAAGAGAUGAGAAACCAUGUCGCCAAACACCAUUCCCGACCCAUAACCAUACCAGAUUUGGGAAACCACACAUGGCGCCCGCGCCUGAACCUCAGAGGAAGCUCUCUCCAGAGCGGAACAGAAACAACAUAAAUUUAAAACCGCUGAACGACACGGUCAGAGAAAAGGGAUACCGCAUAAACUGGGCAGACCCCCAAUGGAAACCAGAGAACCGAAGCGACCACCGCAAGUACUGUGAGUUUCACCGCGAGAUUGGUCACAUCAAUGAACAUUGCUACAAUCUAAAAGUUGAAACUAAGGCACUUAUCGCGCGGGGCACUUUGCAGAAUACGUGCAGACAAGUGAACAUGUGACGCCAUAGAUAUGACCACUCCCCCCACAAACGGGGUACAAUGAAGAAACCAUUGGCCUGGUAAUACGGAAGGAAAUUGGGUUAGUAUCAGCCGAAGGAACCAUACCGCACAAGAAACCAAAAAGAGAAAGGGCACUCGAGUGCGGGGCAACAACAACAACGCCAUCGUUACCGCUUGACUGCGAUGAAAAAUUGAUACAAUCCUGGAAUCGAUCAAAUUCCAUCCAACAUUGAUCGUCAAAGAGGCCAAGUCGAAUUGAAGAGAAGAAGCUGAAAAUUGUCCAAGUAUUUUUCAUCUUGGUUCUCUCAAUUGGCUCGUUAAAAAUUCGAGUUUGAUAGCUUGUUUUAAGAUAAGAAUUUUAUCUACACGAUGGUAUGCUUGGUAGCCCGAGGGGAAGUCCAUAAAGUCAUUUUCCAGACGUCCAAAGAUGCUACCUGGAAAGCUAACAAUUGCCCGAAAAUGCCUAAUGCAGAAAACUGUUUUGUGAAGCCUACUUUGGAGCUCAAUUCGAGGAGUAUGGAUAUGAUUUGAGUCAAAAGGCUUUCACAACAUGAAAAUAUGUAUGUUUUUCUACAAAGGAAAGGAAUUGGAUGAAGGAUUGGAGUUAUGGAAGGCCUCGAACGAAAGGCACGAAGUUAGUACGAAAGCUAUUUUUCUUGCAGUUUGCUUGUGCUAAAAGGUAAGUUACUUGUGCUUCAAGAAAGAGAGUUUGAGUCCGUAAAUUGUGACCUUUUUAGAGUUUGUUUUUACCUUAUUUGUUUCCUAGUUCCAUUAGGUUUGUAUUAGGUUUUCUUUGCCUUUAAAUACCUUUCUAUUUGCGUUGUAAACAAUCAAAUUUUGUUGAAUAAAAUUACUCGGUAGAGUUUUGUGUUCUUUGACUUGUAUCUCGAGAAUCAAACCCUUGAGUUAACUUUGUGUGAAUUCCAUUGCUAAUUCAAGAAUCCUUGCCAAGCUUUUCUGUGAGGUUUCCAUAUUCGUUUAACAAGUUUCUUAUCAAUCAAGUAAACACCUUGAUUGUGACAAAAUUCUACCUUUCCAUCGUUAUCGUUCGAUUGUUUGUGUUAGCUGCAAUUUAUGAUCAAAAGCACCCACUGGUGCUUUAUCACAAAUAUCUAGAGGGAGGCCCAUCCGAAGAUCCGCUGCUCAUCAUCGCCUUAGUUGGCGCAUGCAAGGUGCAUCGUUUGCUCAUAGACGGAGGCAACGAAAUGAAUAUCCUAUUCAAACAGACCCUCGAUCUGAUGGAUAUUGACCCGAUGAUGAUUCACCAAGCGGAAGGAAAUCUAGUGGGCUUAUCGAGAUCUCGAGUGCCAUUCAUCAGCUCUAUCACUCUCCCUGUGGUGAUGGGCGAUCAAAAUCCCUAAGCAACGGUACAAAUUGAAUUCAACAUCGUAGACUGCAAAUCGCCGCACAACACGAUUUUGGGCGUCCAUUUUUCACGAAGUUCAGGGCGUUACCAUCCAGGUGCCACCAACUCAUAAAAUUCCCAACUUAAAAGGGGACGGGCUUCGUGAGAGGAAAACAUAGAGAGCCCACAACGCAGAGAAGGACACACGAGUUCAAGAGGAGCCGCACUCAGUCCCUACAGAUUCAGACAUCAAGAUACCACUAGGCCCGCCCAACCUGACCGACAUGUCCGCUUGUCAACCCAUUUCCCUGACAUGAUGCAGCCGCUCAUACAACUGCUGGUGGAGUACAAAGAGCUCUUUGCUUGGAGUACACAAGACAUUCCCAGGGUUCAAAGGGAAAUCGCGGAACAUGACCUGGCAGUAGCAAGAAACGGGGAACCAAUAC